AUGGAGAUCCAAACAUUUCCCAACGAAAUCGUAUUCUUUGAUUUAGAAACUAACGUACCAAACAAAACAGGACAACAUUUCCACAUCCUAGAGUUUGGUGCCAUCAUCGUAUGUCCACGAAAACUCGUGGAGCUAGAGAGCUUCACAACGCUUAUACAACCCAAAGACCUAUCGGUGGCCUCAUUAAGAUCGUCUAGGUCAGAUGGGAUCACGAGGGCUAAAGUCACAGACGCACCAAGUUUCGAAGAUGUGGCUGAGAAGAUCUAUGGUUUGUUGAACGGUCGGAUUUGGGCAGGUCAUAACAUUAGAAGAUUCGACUGCGUUAGGAUUAAAGAAGCUUUUGCUGAGAUCGGUCAAGCUGCGCCUGAGCCCUCAGGGAUCAUUGAUUCUUUGGGGUUAUUAAGUGAAAAGUUUGGCAAAAGAGCUGGCAACAUGAAGAUGGCAAGUUUGGCUGCCUAUUUUGGUCUUGGAGUGCAAAAACACAGGUACCUUAGUGAUACUUGUGUGUGUAUCUUAAUGCACGUUGUUUGUAAGAUAAUCUUAUUAUAUAUAUUGAUAUAUUGUAGGAGUCUUGACGAUGUUCGAAUGAAUUUAGAGGUCCUCAAGCACUGUGCAACAGUUCUUUUCUUGGAAUCUACACUUCCGAAUCAAUUAGAAGGAAAGUCGCAAAGUUCUUCAAAAAUCAUGACAAGAAGUCGAAGUCAUCACCAAAUAGCCCAAAAAGCAAUGCCUUACACGAAGGGUAUAAAUCUCGGGAAGAUGACACAGAACGUGAAGAAUCUCCUAAGCAAAGCUCAAAGCAACCAAGCUCUUCAAAUCUUGGUUAAACGUUCUCAUACUUUGCUUAGAUGAUUUUCAUCCUUAGUCAUUAUUAUGUCUAUUUGGAAAUAAAAAUUCAAUUAUAUAUUUUGUACAUCUGUGUUUACGUUCAUUGGCUAUAAAAUUAUUUAUAUUCUGAUUCACAUCACACGGUAUUGC